AUGACUAGGUUUCUCUGCCCUGGCGAUGCCGGGAGCUCCGGGGCCUCCUUCCCUUCUUUCCCGGCUCACAUUAUCUCCUCUCUGGUUUCUUGGCAGGCUCGUCUCCGCUUCCCCAUCGAUUACCCCUAUUCUCCUCCUGCUUUUAGGUUCUUAACCAAAAUGUGGCACCCCAAUAUCUACGAGACCGGCGACGUCUGCAUCUCCAUCCUGCACCCGCCCGUGGACGAUCCGCAGAGCGGGGAGCUGCCGUCCGAGCGGUGGAACCCCACGCAGAACGUGCGGACCAUCCUUCUGAGCGUGAUCUCGUUGCUGAAUGAGCCCAACACGUUUUCUCCGGCCAACGUGGAUGCUUCGGUGAUGUACCGCAAGUGGAAGGAAAGCAAAGGGAAGGAUCGGGAGUACACGGACAUCAUCAGGAAGCAAGUCCUGGGAACAAAGGUGGACGCCGAGCGGGACGGCGUGAAGGUCCCCACCACGCUGGCAGAGUACUGCGUGAAGACCAAGACUCCAGCCCCGGAUGAAGGCUCAGACCUCUUCUACGAUGACUAUUAUGAAGAUGAUGAGAUGGAGGAGGAAGCUGACAGUUGCUAUGGUGAUGAGGAUGACUCUGGCAAUGAGGAAUCUUGAUGGCCUUCUGGCAGUUGCAAAACUUAUUAUAAACUACUGAAUUUUACCUCAACUAGGACAAACUGGUUUGAACUUAGGAUCUGUCAGCUCUGAAAUUAACUCUCUACCUCGCAGGGAGACUGUUCUGCUGUUGUAAAGUGCACCACUGUCUUUGAGGAAAAAAAAAAAAAAGGAAA